GUCCAAGCUCUGGGCGUACGCGGCAAAUCUUCAGGAGGCUGCCGAAAAGCAAAACUAUUACUCUUCUCUAAUUAUGGUCACCGGCUAUUCAUCUCACUGCCCAGCAAUAUUUUCUUGGCAGCACCUUUCUUCGACCUUGUGCUGUAUAUAUUUCCACCAUGGUAACAGGCCUCUUCUAUUCUUCGUCACGGUCACUGAGUAUCCCUCAAUUAUUUAAGAGUACAAGAACGAUAAUUAUUAAGCAAAAAAGGGGGUUACAAGUACAAUGGUAAGCAAACAAAAAAGGGGUCUGUCGAGAUCAUGAACCGCCCCAACCCCAUCACCAUGGGCCAAGCUCUAAUGUAAUGCAGCAGUUGAAAGCGAUCGAGAAAUUUCUCUUGAAAUGGUACCGCGAUCAAGUUCUCCUAUCUGCCGUUGCCUCGCGUCUUUAUCCUGCCGCAAGAAAUUUUAA